GUUUACGUUUUCCCACUUCCGUAGCUGCCUAAAGCGGAAUAACGUUACUAAUCUAACGUUGAAUUCCCAGAUUUGAGCAGAAACCCUCGGCCAUGUCUCUGCGUUUAGCCUCAGUAUUAGAUAUGCCUGACAGAUAAGUGUCAUUAGGCCGUUUGCUGUCCACUACAGGCGCCGUAUCGCGAGUUUUCCUCAUCUUUCAUCGCUAAAGCUAAAGCUAAAGCUAAAGCUAGCGGUGUUAGUAGCUGGUCAGCGGCAGUGGACAUAAUUCAAUAAAUCACCUGAUCCGCAUUUUAUCCAGUGUUGAUUUGUAAAUCAAACAAGGCAGUCAUGGCCACUAGGCGUCUGACCGAUGCCUUCUUGUUAAUGCGGAACAAUGCGAUCCAAAACCGGCAGAUAUUGGCUGAGCAAGUGAGUACAUACGACCCCCGUCUGAGUACACGUAGCAAUGCUGCGGAGCUUGAUGAGCUGGCUGAUGAUCGAAUGGCCCUGGUGUCAGGAAUCACUCUGGAUCCUGAAGCGGCCAUUGGGGUCACAAAGAAGCUGCCCCCCAAAUGGAUAGAGGGGAUUGAUGAGAUCCAGUAUGAAAUCACACGGGUUCGCCAAAAGAUGAAGGAUCUGGCCGUACUUCAUGACAAGCACAUGAAUCGACCCACACUUGAUGACAGUAGUGAGGAAGAGCAUGCCAUAGAAAUCACUACUCAGGAGAUUACACAGAUGUUUCAUCGAUGCCAGCGAGCUGUGACAGGGUUGCAGUCUCGUUGUGGUCACUGUACCGAGCAGGAGGAGAGGCUAUUGAGAAACGUGGUCUCGUCCCUGGCACAAAGCCUGCAGGAACUGUCCACCAAUUUCAGACACACACAGUCCGGCUACCUUAAACGUAUGAAGAAUCGUGAGGAGAGAUCAAAGCACUUUUUCGACUCUGGACCCUUAAUGGAAGAGGAUGAAGAAUUAGCUGUAUAUGACAAGGGUUUCACAGACGACCAGCUGAUGCUUGUAGAGCAGAACACUGUGAUGGUGGAAGAACGAGAGAGGGAGAUCCGACAGAUAGUGCAGUCCAUCUCAGAUCUGAAUGAGAUUUUCAGGGACUUGGCUGGAAUGGUGGUGGAACAGGGCACCGUUCUUGACAGAAUUGACUUCAAUGUGGAGCAGUCUUGUGUGAAAACAGAAGAAGGAAUGAAACAGUUACAAAAGGCAGAACAGUAUCAGAAGAAAAACAGAAAGAUGCUGGUCAUUUUGAUCCUCUUUGUCAUAGUCAUCGUUCUAAUUAUUAUUCUUUUUGGAACAAAGUUUUAAUUAUGCAUUCCUCUGGCUUUUGUUUUCUGUGUGGGUGUUUGUUGUGCAUCUGUGUGGACUUGGACUUGAUCUUGGUUCUACCCAAAACAAAGCUAAAUGCCUUUUCAUACCAGGAAACGUCAAGAAGAAUUCUUCGCCCCUUUGCAGGUGCACUUUGGGCAGCUUGGAGAUGUUUUGUUGUUGAUUUUGAUGAAAGAAACAAUCAACAAUCCGUCUGAGCUGUGGCUAUUUUAUCAUGUGACUGGCGCCCAAAUCGCCAAGACUCUGACAGAGUUUUGCCGAACCCCACAAUGUUGACAUAUGUAUUUGUCUUAACAAAAAAAAACACUUUGUGGUGUACACAAAUUAACUACCAAUGUCUAAAUGCUAAAGCAGAGUGUUUUCUGCUUGAACUCUAAGCAUGAAUUGUGAAGUUUGUUGUGUGACGAUGCAUCAUUUCUGCCCAGUAAACCCAUGCAAACGUUUCUGUGAGAAAGACGUGAUAAGAACGAAUGUUUGUGAGAGAAAUAUGCAGUAGAUCUCAUUUCACUGCAAAUAGAUUUUCAUUCCUACAUAACAUCUAUGUCCCGGCUAAGUAUUUAACCUUGAAAGGCUAAAAGAAAAUGUUUUGUAUUAGGACAUUACCAGAUUUGAUUAGAAUAGUCAUUUGUUACCAAAAAUAUUCCUUUGGUUUAAGGACCACCUGUUUUUUUCCUUUCCUUUUACUGCACAAUUUAAAUGAAUAUUGAGAUCAUAGUAACUCUAUUGUCAGCCUCAGGAGGUGGUAGACAGCAAUGAGCAUUCUCCAAUUCAUCCUGUAAUUUUAAAAUCAUACCUGUGUCCCACAUGCUGCACUUUUCAUGAAGUGCUCAUUUUGAUUAUUAUUUUCUUUUUUUUUUAUGGUCCUUGCUUAAAGUGCUACCUUUUUUAACUCUUGCAGUUUGCACAAAUUGAGGCCUGAGGGGGAGGGUGGUUGUGUAUGGAUGUAAUACUACUGUCAUCUGUAUGAUGAAAAUAAUUAUUUAUUUUUCAAUAGCUUCAAAUAAUCAAGAGGUUCAGAGGUGUUCUGUCUCUGGCUAAAAUACUGUAUAUUGAAUCAAGUGUAUCUGUAGUUUAAACCCAACAGUUAUUGUCCACUCUAAGAAAACUGUGAUGUAGUCCAACACAAGCAGACGUAUGAAGACAACAUCAUUUUUAUUUUAUUUUCAUAUUGGACAUAUUACAUUUAAGUUGGCUGUGUUGGAUUUUCUUUAUAUGUUCUUGUGUUCUAUAAAGACUGACGAGUGGAAAUGAUGAAGAGCUUUAUUUAACAUAUCUGUACUCGACUCUACACUUUAUACACCUGUUAAAUCAUCUUUGUCAUUGAUGUAAAGAUAUGUGUGAAAAAUUGUUAUGUCUUAUUGGUACUCUACUUAAGUUUUGUUUUCCAAACAAAACGCGUGAGGAGACAGCAACUUUUUUUUUUUCUUUUUUAAAAUAAACCUGGA